AUGAGCAAAGUCAAGGAUGGCGCGGGGGUCGGCUCCCUCAACGACUCCAUCCCGCUUGAUAUAGAGGAGAGCUCAAUGUCUAUUUACUCGGACGAAGAGGACGAAGGCGACUAUGACCCGUCCAGCCAGAUUUCCGAAGACGCCGCCUCUUCACUCGACUACAGUUCCGUCAGUCGCACCUAUGUUUCCCACUCGCGCACGAGCGGCAUGCAUGUGCACUCGGAGGACUACACCGGCACCGCCAGCUACUACUCGAACGGUGGAGCUGCAUCCAACGCGUUCAGCUACGACGACGAGGACUACUCGAGCAUUUACGGCUCCCUGUCCUACGGCGACUCUGCGCUGCGCUCCCCACAGUCGGAGCUGAGCUCGACCUUCGCCUCGCUCUACUACGAGAACGAAUACGUGGUGGGUAUCCGGUCCACGCUACACUUCCUGCGGCGUCCACUCUACUACUUCGCCUUCGCCACCGCCGGCAGCGGCGCCGUCGGGAGCAUCUGCCGACUAGCCACGACCUUUGCCAAGCGCUUCGUCGACAGCGGCGCGAGCAUCGCCGAUUCCUCCUUAGGUGCCUGCCCGGGUAGUGCCGCGAGCUGCGCCGGUGCCUGCUCGAGCCUGCCGUCCGGGUACCUGAACGUGCCGGAGUGGCUGCGCGAUGUACGAGCAUCGCUGCCGAGCUUGAUGGAGGUGCCGGCCGCGUGGAUGCUGCGCCGUCACGGCAUCCCAGUGCUCUCGGAGGUGAUGCAGAGGCAGGAGCGGGAGUCCGCUGCCGCGGCGGCGGCUACCGUGGCAGAGCAAGUGAACACCGGCGUGCAGGAGGUGUGGCAGUCGUGGCAAAAGACGGGGCCAGCGAUACCGGUGGCGCUCUUUCUGCCUAUCUUCUCUAUAGUCGUCUUCAAGGUGGCGCAGCAUGUACGGCCAAACUCCGCGAACCUGACGGAGAUACUGCGACCACGGCAGGACGCCGACAAUGUUGAUGCUGCCUCCACAUACGUGAAGACCCCGUCACCGGCACGCCCGUCGCUGAUCAUGGACGCCAGUCCGAUCCCGGCGCUGUCGUCCUCAGCAGGGAACUUGAGCGCGCAGUCGGCGUCGAUGAAUAUGCUACCAACCUCGCGCGGAACGGCGUCUGCCACGAUGAGCCGCCACAGCGCCACCGGCGACGGGUCGAACGCGCAGCCGGUGCCGUUCGUAGUACCACCGGUCAACAUCGCUACCAUUACGAGCGUAUCCCCUGCAGUGCCGCGUGUGGGUGAAUCGCACACCAACGGCGUUUCUCCCAGCUCGCCGGGCGACUACCCCGGCGACUCGCACGACCGCUCCCGCUCGACGACGCAGGUGCCGCAGACGCACCGUCACAUCGCUGAUGCCGCGGUGCCGCAGAAUAGCGAGGAAGGUCGCAAGGCACUUGCUGCAGACGUUGAUGUCGACGUAGCACAUUCGUCGCUGGUGUCGGUGUCGCCGUCGCGGGGGCCUGCAGAGGGCAACCACAAACCAGCGGGCGAAACACCCGGACCAGCACUGCCUGCUGCUUCCCCGUCAGUGUCGCCACUUCCGCGUAUGCCUCAGGCGCUCUCUGAGGUCGGCAGGGCCGGCCGACUCAUCUCCGUGAAGGAUUCUACCCUGCGCGGUGAAGUCGUGGCUGCGGUGGCAGGAGUGGCCGAUGUGCGGGAGGCAAACGCGGUUUUCAUAGCUGCUGUGCGCUACGGCUGCAGUGUUGUCGUGCUGCCCUCUGCCCUUCGUGAUGUGGACGGGCUGCUUGAGGCGCCACCGUCGCUGACUGUGGAGUUCACAGACGACGUUGUCGCGGCUUCCACCGUCCUGGCGGAUCGUCGUGGUCUGACGAUGGUCGGCGUGACGGCGCAGCAGUGGGAUGCGCAGGCGGAGCCGCUCGACACCUUUGCACACCCCGGCAACGCUCUUUACGUCUUUGUCGCGCAUGAGUCCUCCAGCCCGGCGGUGGUGGCCAGCGUGGAGACGGCGGUGGCGCACAAGGUCUUUGUCGGCACGUCGUGGGCGGCGGUGCCGGUGAACCAAGUCUUCUACGACCGCUUGCUAAAGGAAAAGGCGGUGCGUAAACAGCAGCAGGAGGCCCAGCCACAGUGA